CAGCAACACACAAACGCUCUGAAAUUCGGAGUUUGACAAAAGUAAWGUGUUGUUAGUACCGCUAGAAGUAAAGUGGGAAAAACAUAAUUCGCUGCCAUGUCUUCGCAACAAAAAACCGAUUUAUAUCCUCGUCGACGAUACUCGUUCUCGUCAUCGUCGAGGAAGAACCACGGUGCUCUAGGAGCAAAAGUGACACCGUCACUUGUUGUCGCACCAACAGCCGCCUCCCUGCCAGCGCCCCCUGCCGCCCCGGACACGGAUGUUGGUUAUGAUAUCGUUGAGUAUGGCGCGUCGGUCGAAACCAAGGACGAAACUUGUUUGACGCUCCACAUAGAAACCCAGCAAAUCGAAACAGCCAAUGAAGAGACUAGUAAAUGCCUGGAAAAAGAAACCCAAACAGAAGAACAACUAAAGAAAGACCUCGGUCAUGCCAAGACCGAGCUGCGUUCACUAAAUCAAGGAGCAAUGGAUCAGCUCGACAACGCAAAGCUUUUCUUGACACUUUCCCAGAACCUGAAGCAAGAAUUUGAGUCGACUAUUGUAAAGUCUACGAUGGCAACUUCAGUUCCCCUUUCAUUGGAGUUACAAGACGGACGCAGUAAGGCAUCUGUUCCCCCUUCUCGUCCAACCAAACCGCAAGCUAUCGACGAAAACAACAACGCAACUAGUACUGCUUCUACCUUAUCGACCAAAGAAAUCUUCGAAGAGAAGGAUUGUCGCGCAAACUCUAUUCUUAGCACUUUUCGGAACGAAGAGAAAGAGCUCAAGUCAAUUCGUGUCGAAACCCGUGAUCGCGAUGAGAAGAGUCUGCGAUUGCAACAAUCGAUUGAGUCACAUGGUCUCGAGGAAUCCUUAAAGCGCGCUCGAGAAGAAGGGAAACGAUUAGAGUCGGAAGUAAAGCGCGACGACGAUACAGCAAAAACACGUAACGCUGAGAUCCAACAAACGCGGGAAGCUUGUGGAUCUAAGGGACAGGAGUGCAUGGAAUUGGUAAGUUCUCUGCCUGAGUAGAGUUAAGUAUUAUAGCUAACAUUGGUGGUGCCACCCAUCAGAUGUGGAUUUACCAGCCAGUGCAAUCAAUGAUUUCAAAUUCGACUGACCGUAUUCAUUCUUUCCUGCCUAUGAACUCGUUUCGAAUAUGCACACUCACACUGUGAUCGUUCACGGAAGACGAAAAAGUUGGCUGAGACGAAGAAGGCGAACUGCGAUGAGGAAAACACACUCCGUCGGCAGCUUCAAGCAGGCAUGGCCGAAGUGGAGGGUCUUGUGAAAGAAAAGGAGGAGAAGAUGCUUCAAAUCGAGGAGCAAAAGCGCAAGAACGAAAAGAUUUCGAAAGUGAUCGAGGACUAUGAGUACUAUGAAAAAUCCAAGGAGGAAUACAAUGCAGCUAAGGCGGUCCGAAUAGAGAAGGAAAAAGAGCUACAAGCGCGCUACACCGAACUAAAGCUUAAACUGCAAGAACAAGAAGAUCUCGAGAAAGCUUCUCUGCUAAGAAAGCAAACAGCAGAGGAAGAAGUGAAGCUAGCAGAAACCAAGAUGAAGGAAACCUUGGAUAAAGAGUCCACUGUCGUAGCCCCAGGAAAAACAGAAUUGGAAUGUCUGGCCGAAAAGAAAAUGAAGCUUGCCAUUCAAAUUAGUGACACCAGCAAGAUAUUGGAACGGGAACAAACCAUAGAGCGCGAUGCUCUCGCUGCAAAAGCGGACACCAUGAGCGAAGUAAAGAAGAAAGCAGAAAAACUGCAAGCCGAGGUUCGGGUCCAAGAGGAAGAGAUAAAUGCUGUGAUCAAGGAACAGCAAGAGUUCAAAAAACCUCACCAGGACCAGAUUUCACAUCAUGAAUCGAUCAGCGAGAAAUAUUUGGCAAUGUACGAGACCGAAAAGAAGGUAUACGACGCAAGAUACGAAGAACGUCGAAAGAAAUUGUCGGGAGAGUUCCUACGCAAGCUGGAAGAUCUCAAGUCGGCCUACGAGAGCAAUAAAUUCAAGAUGGAAGUGUUCGAACAAGCAUCUCGAUUGCUCGAGGAGGUGGGUCGACUAGAGCUAGAGAGCACUGGCGCCAACACGAACUGAUGUGGUUGAGAAAUGGAUGACUCUUCAAAGCGGCGAUUCGAGGAUAAUUCUACCAUUCA